AUGGUUCUAGCAAUUGUCUACAGCGCGGUCACCACCGUACUCCCGUUCAAGUACUGGCCUCAUGCGGCUGUCGGUACGGCAGUCCUAGUGGUUCUCUAUGCGUAUGCACAGGGCAGGACGACGAAUAGAGAACGUGACCUGCACGCCAGAGUAAUAGUUCUGACGGGUGCAUUCAACCCUCUAGGUCUUGUAGCACUUGCUGCACUGGCAAAACGGGGUGCAACUGUCAUUGCCCUGUCUCCCUAUCCUUUGGACCACCCGGUUCCUUCUCUUCUCCUCCCUCUCCUCCGUUCCACGACCAACAACGACAGCAUUUACGCUGAACCCUGCGAUUUGAAUUCUGCGACUUCGAUACGCAAGUUCUGCACAACUUUCCUCACGGGAAACGACACACGAAUCGACGCUAUUGUACUCGCCCAUGAAUACACGAGCAUCGGUCGGAUAUGGUUCUUUGGAGGCCAGGCACAGAAAGACAAGGAGAAACGUGAAGAGGAGCAGCGCGAGUCGACCUCUCUCUCCUCUUUCCUUCUCAUCACCCUCCUGCUCCCUGCUCUCCUUGUCGCGCCUGUCGAGCGGGACGUCCGUAUCAUCUCCAUCGUAAAUCCCUUCUAUGCUGCGGCCCUUCCGACAUUCCCUGCCUUCCUCAACUCCACCGCAACAUCCCCCGCACAUACAUCCACUCUCCUCUCAGCUGAAGGUCUUCGGUCAUUGCGUACCGUAAUCCUUACCCGACACCUCCAGCGGAUCCUGGAUUCGCUACCCAACCGCGCGUCCGACGCCCAGUCCAACGGACCCCCCGCUUCAUCAUCUUCAAAGGAGACCCCGCCCUUGCCCCCUCCUCACCCGUCCAACAUUCUGUCAGUAACUGCGUGCCCAGGCAUGUCCCGGCGGGACAUAGUGGCGCCACUCGUCGGCACCGGUGAACGUGGCUGGUCGCUCGCCUACCUCGUCCUCGUCCCCUUCCUCCUCUUCCUCACCAAGUCGUCGAACGCCGCGAUCCAGACGCUCCUUCACGUGCUCUUCCUCCCGACCCCGCUCAAGCGGAUGCAGGCCAAGGUGGACCUCGCCGCGGACGAGGAAGCGCGCAAGGCCGAGGAGGCGGCGGCGCGCAAGGCGCGCGCAGAAGACGGGGAGGACGCCGCGGCCCCUGCGAGCGAACCGGGGGCGAAGGACGCGAAGCGCGGGCCGCCGAGGGUGGGGAACGUGGAGGUGCUCAAGCCGGGCGCGCUGUACCGUGAGUGCGCGAUCGUCCGGCUUGACGUUCCGGUUCCACCGCGGCCGGUCGUGGAGGAGAAUGAGCCCAAGAGCAAGGCUGACGGCAAGAAGGGCAAGGCCGCCGAGGCAGAGAUCCCGCUGGAGGACGACGGCGAAUUUGGUGGAGAGGCGGUCGGGCGUGCGGUCUGGGAGUGGUACGAGGUGCGGUUGAAAGAUUGGGAGGCGCGAGACAAGGAGCGCGUGAAGGCGGAAGAGGAGGCGGUAGCGAAGGAGAAGGCGGAGGCGGAAGCUGAGGCGAACGCCUCGGCACCCGCUGGCCCGACUGUGGUGGUGACCGAGGCGGACGACACACCCACUGCGAACACAUAG